CGAUCGGUCUUCUUCUUUCUGCUGCCUCUGCUGCCUCUGCUGCUGCGGAUAGGUUCGAGGGUCUAAGUAUGCUAACCUACGAGGUAUACAGAGAAGUACAUAAUGGGCGGGAUAAGGUUGAGACAAGAGUAACCAAGUUACCCUUGCCACUUGGAGCGAGAGUUGAAGAAGAUGGGUGGGAGUAUUCAGCGUGCCAGUCGCAUGGGAUCAGCCACAGGCUCGCUGUGAGGGCUGCUGCUGGUCGGCUGGGUUCCGAGAGAAGGUCUGCAAGAUCGAGGAAUAUCGGAUCCGCUUCCGUGAAGGUUCUCUCGAUGCUGAUGCUGGUGUCUAUCAUCGUGCCGAUAGACGGACCAGCUAACUAGUAAGCUAUUUGAGAGUUACCACAGUGAUCUGACUAUUGAAAGGCGUCUGGCUGCUGAUUACUCGACAACUGAAGCCUUUCGAGCCAUGGUUCCCACGCGGCGUCGGAUAAGCCGAACCCUAGCUGUCUGUCUAAGACUCUCUCGCCUCUGGCUUGUCUGUACCGCGUAUCCUGCUGUCGCUAGAUGUAUUUUCCUCUUUGCUUUUCUGCUGCUGCUGGUACUCGCUCGUAUCUCUUCUCUCCCCUUUGUUUGCGCCUUCGCGCCGCCUGCAGAUUUAUAUACAUAUUCCUCCGCCCAUCUUUUAUCUGCCGUCUUAUCUAAUCGUCUGCAUGCUGACUCAGCAUCAACCUCACCUCCUGCUUUUCGAUCGUUUUGCGCGGCUUCAGCUUCAUCAUCAGCUUCGUCUUUCACGUCCACGCUGAUAUCCGGCGAUUCCUGCUGCCUACCGACUGUCCGCGCCAUAUUCUACAUUCUGGCUGCCUGUCUAAUCGGCCGUCGACGAGUGCCCGACUCACCCUGCUCCAUCUACUAGGUUCGGCCCCGUCAUCUGACCUCUCAUCAUCCACCGUCUCACCCUCGCUCCGUCUGCCUGUUCAUCCUCUGCUGCUUGUAUCUGCUCCAUGACUCGCGCUAAACUAACCUUCACAGCCAGCUUCAGUCUACUCCCAGAGCCUGCUCGCAUCUCGAGACCCGAUCUCUCAAAAACAAACUACCACCAGUUACAGACAACAGAAGGCCUCUCUGACAGCAUACAGCUUAAACCUAUCGGGCCCUUCCCACCCUCUUUGCUUCUCCCUGGGAUUUUGGCAGAUCGCUGCUUGUGCCACACGUCAUCUGAUUCGAUAUCCAUACGCAUCCGGGCAGAAAGAGUCAAGCAA